CGGAUAAAAGUAGCAGAGCGCAGUCUUUGGCGAUGCCACGCCCAGCAGAACGGAUCUGGGGUCUUACCUUCGCAAAUUUGCGGCAUUCAGAAAUUGAUCGCAACUUUGGCGUUCUGAGAAUAUAUUGUCGAGUGCUUUUCGCUUUUGGAAUAGCACAUUUUAUCGAGUCAUAUUUGAUGACUUUAUUUUGUCUUCCCGAUGGGAGUAUAUGUAGAGUUAUUUGUGUAACUCGAAAUAUACUCACUUCUGUUUCUCUAUUUUUGAAAAAAAAAUUCAUCGGGCACGCGAACAGCGUUCCCGAUGGGAGUAGCCCCCGAGGCUACAGCCAAGAACUUGUGCUUGGGUGUAGGCUCCACAGAUUAGUAUCCUUUGCCGCUAUAUUUAUAAUCCUUCUCGAUAUUUUUAUAUUUAUCGGGUGCGCGACCAGCGCUCCCGAUGGGAGUAGCCCCCGAGGCUAUGAACAAAUUCUUGGAUUUGGUCAUAGGCUCUCGCCAUUUCUAUAUUGUUAUACUUGAAAUUUUAUUUUUCCAAAGUAGCCCCCGAGCAUUUGGGCAAAAACUUGUAUUUGAUCAAAGGCUCCAAGAGUAUUCAAAUGAUUUACCCUGUCGCCAUUCUCUUUUUAUUUUUCUUGUCGACAUAUUCUCCUUUGUCAAAUUCUCUUCGUCUCUAUCAAUAAUUGGGAUUUUUUUUUCUGCCUUGUGGGUCCAUUGUUCCCACUACAUUGACACGUCGUGCAAGUGGGGGACACACGUCCUCCGCUUUUCCUGGCGCUCGUACGGUAACGCCUGUUCCAUUCCUUCUCAGUAAAAAUACCUUUUUACCCUUGUAUCUACGAGAUCCUUUUUCACCACACGAUUUCUUCAUCCAACGGUGCACUGCUUCGUCCGAAUCCUAUAUAAACCUUUCUUCAACCUCGGUCCAGUCCUUCGCUAGCGCCGCACAUCUGUUUCCCUCUGCAAAAACUUCCCCUGCGCCCAACUCUGUUUGAUCUUCCGCACGCCCAAGCAUUGCUUUGUCCCCUGCCUUUGAUGCCACCACGCACGCGACUCACGCGCCACAGCACUCCAGAAUCCGAGAUGGCCGCCGAAGAUCUUGAGUGGGAGAGAUCCAAAAUCUCCAACCAAGACCUCAACAUGAUGAAGAAGCUUGGCCUGAUGAAGAAGGAAGAUGCCAUCCGCUUUCCCAGCGAAGAAAGCUAUCCCAACCCUCCAAUGGAGUACCGGGUUAGUUUCGUCGAUCACCUCAUCCGCGGCCUUUCUGCCCCAAUUCACGAUUUCCUCCGCGGCCUUCUUUUUGUUUAUGGGAUUCAACUGCACCAAUUGACCCCCAAUUCCAUCCUCCACAUUUCCAUUUUUAUCACGCUGUGCGAAUGUUUCCUUGGAAUCCCUCCUAACUGGGUUCUUUGGAAACGUAUUUUCCUUCUCCGCCGCAAUGCCUCCCGCAAUGCCACUUAUAACAUAGGCGGCGUUGUUAUCUGUGUUCGAACUGACGUUGAUUACUUCGACGUCAAAUUUCCCGAUUCUGUCCAAGGGUGGCGCAAAAAGUGGCUCUACAUUCACGAAGAAAGUGCCAACUCUGUGGAACAUAACAUAAUCCCCUUCGACGGAAACGCCAAAAUUCAGCGCCGCCGCUCCUGGGAUGCUGAAGCUUCCGAAGAAGAGAAAAAGGCGACAGAAGCACUUAUGUCUCGUAUUCGUCAGCUUCAAAAUACUCGAGGCAAAGAGCUUUCUGGUGUUCAAAUCACUGCCUACUUUCUUAGAAUUAGAGUGCAGCCUCUUCAGGCUCGCAAAAAUCCCCUUUGGACAUAUGCUGGUGGAAACGACGCCAAUAGGCUCUCCAGUGAUCUUUCUGCAAAGGACUUGGAGAAGCUGAUUCGAAGAAUUUCCCGUUUAAACAAGAAAGACCCUGUUCCUUCCUCUUGCCGCGUGGAACCAUACAGCUCCACCAAUCCUCUCCCCGAGGUAUUUUGUCUUCUCGAAUUUUUAUCUUGUUCCAAAUGUUCCCUGCAUCUCACUGUAUUGAUAUCUCGCUAAUGUUUCCUUUGUCGCUAUUUUUUGCAGAACCAUCCUACUAUGGCUUCUCUUCCUCCCCUUCCUGAGGAUGGAGAAGUCGAAGAACAAGCUAUCGUUGCCGAAGACAAUCAAGGUUCUUCUCUUCAUGAAAGUGAAGUCGCAGGUUCUCACAAAUCUGCGGCUUCCUAUGAAAAGGAAGUUGAAUCUGAAGCCAGCGAAUCGACGCAAUCCCUUCCUCCUGCUGUUUCCCCAAAGAACAAAAGGAAAAGGGAUGACGCCGAAACUUCCGGCACCUCCAAACCCGAAGAAGCUGUUCCUUCUCAUCCGAAGUCAGCUUAUGAUCCAUACCUCGAAACUCUUAUCAGUUCUGAUGAUGAAGAAGUGGUACCAACUGUUGAUGUGGCUACUCGAACGAGUACGUCACAUACAUUAGUCGCCUCGGAAACGCCAGUCGAAGGGGAAGAAACGUCGCCUCCUCGACAAAAUGUCGGCACCGCGACUCCACCGACAAGCCCCCGAGCCUCUUCACCGAAAAGGGCAAGGACGGAGAUUAUCGCGGAACCUACUCUCCAAUUGAGUAGCUCCUCGAACCUUCUCAUG